AUGUGGAGUAUCUGGAAAGCGCGUUGUAAGGCCGUGUUUGAGCAGGUGCGUCCAAACCCUUUGGAGGUCUUAAUUGGAGCUAGGGAGGCCUGGUCUGAAUUUUUGCAAAAGGAGGUUUGCCCAGGGAGUAUCAAUAGAGUUGGAGGAGAGGACAGUAUGGUGAACCCUGGUCUAUCAUGGUGUGCUCCUCCUAACCCAUUUCUUAAGCUGAACGUGGACGCUUCUUGGCAAAAAGAUUCAGGUUUAGCUGGUCUUGGUAUAAUCAUCAGGAAUCAUAUGGGGGAUUUUAAGUAUGGAAAGGUUCUGAAGACCACAACCGGGUCUGUUGAGAUUGCUGAAGCUCAGGCAAUUAUUGAGGUACUGUCCUUUGCGCUGGAAAAUGGCAUCACUCAUGUGUAUGUGGAGUCUGAUUCAAAGAAGGUUAUGGAUAAUUGUGCUGGAAACAUUGCCAAAGGGGACUGGGGUAUAUACCCCUCGUUAUGUCGUAUUCAGGAUUUGAAGUCCAAAUUUUCUGCUGUUCGUUGGGCUUGGAUCCCGAGAGAAGCCAAUGCGGUUGCGGAUGCUGCUGCGGCGAUUGCAUUUGGAGGGAUGGGUACGGAAGUUUGGGUCGAUCGACCCCCAUCCUCCCUUGUCCAUGUUCUGUCCCGAGAUGGGCUUCCUUGCCCUCCGUAG